AUGGUCGCUUUUGUGGAGGCUCCAAUAGAUGGCCCAACCCGCCCGGACGAAUCCAGUAGCCAGGUGCAAGGAUGGGCAGAUCUCUUCCAGGACAGUACGUAUGAAGAUAUUGCGACCAUCAGCAAAACCCGCGUGGGCAAUGACUUCAUGGGCUGGACAUCGAUGUACGACGGGAAGGAGAUCAACAAGGUUGAGAUGCAGGAGUGGCUUGACGACACUAUACAGACUGUGCUCGAUGGCCAGGAACCGGGCCACGUCUUGGAGAUAGGCACUGGGUCUGGCAUGGUUCUGUUCAACCUUGGACAAGGACUAAAAAGCUAUGUUGGCCUCGAGCCAUCGCGGUCAGCCGCUGCAUUCGUUAGUGACGUGGUUCAGUCGACCCCUACCCUAGCCGGCAAGGUUGAAGUACAUGUUGGUACGGCAACAGAUGUUGGCACACUUGAUGGGCUCCACCCUAACCUGGUUGUGAUUAACUCUGUGGCCCAGUACUUCCCUACCCCAGAGUACUUAGUUGAAGUGGUGGAGGCCCUUACUCAGCUGCCGGGUGUACAACGUCUCUUCUUUGGAGAUAUACGAUCAUUCGCCCUCAACAGAACCUUCCUUGCAUCGAGAGCAAUCCGUAUACUUGGGGAGCAGGCAACAAGGGAUGAGGUCCGACGCAAGAUGUCAGAAAUAGGAGAGCAGGAGGAGGAGCUGCUGGUUGAUCCGGCUUUCUUCACCGGGUUAAUGAAGCGGCUACCGGACCGGGUCAAACAUGUUGAGAUUCUACCGAAGAAGAUGAGGGCUACGAACGAGCUGAGCUCAUACCGGUAUGCGGCUGUUGUCCACCUAUUUGAUCUAUCAGAGCAGUCCGAGGAGCAGACGCUACCCGUGCAUUCGAUCGCCUCUGACGCUUGGAUUGACUUCAACAUCUCCCAGAUGGAUCGCCAUGCCCUGAUUGACCUGCUACACAGCUCAAAAGAUGUGCUAGCGGUCGCUAUCAGCAAUAUCCCGUAUCGAAAGACGGCCCUAGAGCAACAUGUAAUCCAGUUCCUUGAUGAUUACAACAAUGACAACACCGACUCUGACACCGGUGCCCGCGCUAAUCUCAACGACAGCGUAGGUUCACAGGACGGAACCACGUGGAUCUCAGAUAUCCGGCGCAAGACACAAUACGGGCGCUCACUGUCAGCAACCGAGCUUGUCCAGGUCGGAGAGGAGGCAGGAUUCCGCGUGGAGAUCAGCUGGGCACGACAGCGGUCGCAAAAUGGGGCACUAGAUGCUGUCUUCCACCGCUUCCAGCAACCAGAUAAAGGAGGCCGUGUGCUAAUUCAAUUUCCGACAGAGGAUCAGGGCCUCUUGGUGGAUUCGCUCAUGAAUCGCCCGCUACAACGGCUACAGAGUCGACUGCUUGAGGGAGGUAUCCGCGCUGCACUACGGGCCAUGCUACCCUCAUACAUGGUGCCGACCCGGAUUGUGGUGCUUGAUCGACUGCCUGUCAAUCCCAGUGGAAAGGUUGACCGCAAGGCACUUGCGAAUAUGGCACAGGUCAUACCCAGGAGCAACCCCACCUCGGUCCACGUGGCCCCGCGAAACGACCUAGAAGCCGCGUUGUGCGAGGAAUUUGCGAACGUGCUGGGCGUGGAAGUCGGGGUCACUGACAACUUCUUCCAUCUUGGUGGGCACUCCUUGAUGGCGACGAAGCUAGCGACACGCAUCAGCCGCCGACUGGACGUUCGUAUGUCUGUUAAAGACGUUUUCGACUACCCCGUCAUUACCGAACUUGCCGCCACAGUAUCCCAGGGAUCCGAAGUACACCGUCCGAUCCCGCAGAUGGAGUAUAGCGGACCUGUGGAUCUGUCAUAUGCCCAGGGCCGCCUAUGGUUCUUAGAGCAGUUAGCGCUCGGGUCUUCUUGGUACGUGAUGCCGCUCGCGACAAGACUAAAGGGGCCGCUCGAGAUUGAUGCCCUCACCGCUGCGGUUCAUGCACUGGAGCAGCGACAUGAGACCCUCCGUACGACCUUCGAGGAGAGGGAUGGACCGCUGAGCCGGGGAUGA